AUGUAUCCAUCGCCUAUAAGUAUUGCUAUUCCUUCAUAUGGUUGGAUUGCCUUCUUGUCGUACGACGUGAAGAGUUCCAUGUCCACUCUGUUCAAGGCCCGCCUUCACAGCCCUGUCGACAAGAUCUCUCCUAUUGCUAGAAAUCUCAAGGCUAAAGAGAUUCAUUGCUCUGACAGGAUCAUCUUUCUUGUGUCACACAGUGGUCCUAUCAAAGCUAUAGAAUUCAUAGAAGGAUCGAUUUCCAUCAAGACCAUCACCUCCAAACUUAGGAAGAAAAAAGACGUCAUCGAACAGGCGGAGAAACUCCAUGUACGAUCUACUGGAACUGUCGCAGAGAUCAGGGCUAGAUUGUUAACGUACAUCCGAACACUGAUGGGUAAAUAUUCCGAGAACCAUGUCACUACUGGCGCAAUUCACUUCUGGGAUCGUGACAGCCAACCCUCCUUUGAGGCUAUGCUAUGCGUUACAAGUGAACUGCUAUAUGCUGCUGACAAUACUCAAAAAGCUAUAGUUUCCUUUCAAGUCAAAAAAGACGGUGUUGGCCUAAAAGGUGUUAAUGAACAAGUGAUUGUUCAGUACAAACCUGACUGGCUUAGGAUCAACAGCAUGUGUCUUUGCGACAGAAGCAUAUUUAUUUAUCAUUGCCAAGGAAUCGUCCAAAUUAACGCAGAUAAUGGUGAAUGCAGGUUGCUUGUUCGGCUCCUAAAUCAACCGUGCGUGCUAACAAAGUUUGGCUCAGACGUAUUAUUUACAAAUGAGAAGAAAUCGUCAGUGUGGCAUCUCAAAGCGAGUGGAGAGUUAGAUGUGUUUGCUGGCUCUGACAACGAAGAAGGCAGUAUCGAUGGAUUAGUCAAGAAUUGUCGUUUGAAGCAACCAAUUUGA